AUGAUCCGCCCUACCCUUCUUCCUCCAAGGCUCAUCAGAUCAUUACUGCAUUUCCAUUACUCGACUAUAUCGCCAGCCAAGAUGGCACCCAAUCCAGCGCCAACAUAUAAGCAAGCCCUCUCUCUUCUCAAUGAGUUACAAUCAAACCAGGCGGUGGUGUCUAUGGUGUCGUCCUCAAACGCCAACAGCCUGGCCAUUCCAGAAAUGCUGGAUUGGCUCCGGAAACUGAGAUACACCCCCGCGAGUUUUAAUGACCUCCGGGUCAUCCACGUCGCGGGCACAAAGGGGAAAGGCAGCGUUUGUGCCAUGCUUGACUCGAUGCUGAAACAUUAUCUCUUAACCCAAAAUACUUUUGGUGUUGCAGAAGGCCGAAAGCCCUUGGGAAGGGUAGGCGUUUUCACCAGCCCUCACCUCAUUACCCCACGUGAGCGCAUUCGGUUGGAUGGGCUACCAAUCUCGAAAGAACUAUUCACACAGCGAUUCUUCGAGGUAUGGGAUAAGUACACGGCCUUCGCGCUGGAGAAUGACCACCCGAAUCCAGACGGGGCGGAGUCUAAGCCUGGCUACUUUCGCUUUCUUACGAUACUGGCUCUACAUACCUUCUUGAAGGAGAAUGUGCAGACUGCGAUAAUUGAAUGUGGCAUUGGUGGCGAGUAUGAUAGCACCAACAUUCUACCCAGAGAGGCAAAGACGGCCUCAGUUAUCACAAGGCUAGGCAUCGAUCACGUCGGCAUGCUCGGCGACACACUGGGGGAGAUCGCGUGGAACAAAGCCGGGAUCAUGAGACCCGGCGUGCCUUGCUUCACUGUCCCGCAGCCCGAGGACGCAAUGAAGGUUCUGCAAGAACGAGCAGCAGAAGCUGGCACGGAACUCACAGUCGUGAAGCGGAGUCCCGAGUUCGCCCACGACGAACUCAAACUCAGCCUCGAGGGGGACUUCCAAAAAGACAAUGCCAGCCUAGCCAUCGCAGCUCUAAGUUCCCAUCUCAAGACACUCGGUGUUGGGGCUAUAUCAGAAGACUGCACCCCCCCAGAGAUCCAGAGCGGACUAUCCUCAACCUCGUGGCCCGGCAGAUGCCAAGUCAUCCACGAGAACAACAUCGACUGGCUCAUCGACGGCGCGCACACCGACGACAGUCUCGCCGAGGUCGCUCUCUGGUUCGCUGGGAAAUGGGACGCGAAGACGCACCAACCGGCUGUGCUGAUCUUUAACUCGCAGCUCCGUGAUGCGCCGAAGCUGGCGCAGAAGCUGCAGAAGAGUCUGGAGGAGGCUACGGGUGGGGUGAAGGAUAUCUUUUGCUUGGCUGGGUUUUCGACGAAUAUACCGUUUGAGAGGGAUGUUCCGGAGCCUAGUAUAGAUACGCUGCAGAGGGAGAUGGCGGAGGCGUGGGUGGGUGUGGGUGGUAGUGGUGUGCCUACGGUUUAUGGUAGCAUUGAGUCCGCGAUAUGUGGUGCGAGAGGGAUUGCAAAGGCUCGACACCCGGAGAAGGUGCAUGUACUUGUAACAGGGAGCCUGCAUCUCGUUGGUGGCUUCCUGAAGGCGAUGGGGACAUAG